AUGAUGAUCGAGUCGGCGAUGACGGUGGCGCUACCAGGCUUCUUUUCGAGCGCCAGCUGCCUCACGACCAGCGUUUCCGGAACACACGCACUCUGUGAUGCAUCGCCGUCUGUAUCAGAGACCUGCGCAACCGCCCAAACAUCUGUCGACAAGAAGUCGGAAAAGCAGUGGACUGCUACGUCAGGCGCUCAGAAACAGAUGGAAGAUUCUCAAGUCAACAAGCUGAGCCUGUCCGGGUUCCUGACUUCGAGACAACAAAUGGUGAAUGCUCUUUGGCCUCUUCUUUUGGAAACCAGAGCUCGGGCGAUGCUUUUCAGUUCACACAUGCGGACCCUCGACCUCGCGUCUGCCGAUACCCAGCCGGAAAGACGCGAGGACGAUAUUGAGCCAUAUUCUAAGAUCAUUCAUUUGAUAGGACACAGAGUGUCGCGACGCGAUAGAACACCAAUAGACCUCCGCGUUCUUUUGUCAGAUCAUGCUACGCCCAUGUCAGAAUGGGAACAAGAGAGGAUUCACGACGUCUAUCGCUACGUAGCAUUAGCACGACCCACCGCUCCAACUGACCAGACGCACCAGGAGAUAACCGAAGAUAUGAUGGAGCGAGAAACCGAGACUGCUGGUUAUGGCCGGCGGGCGACCACUACUCAAGUCAUCAAAGACCUACACGCGGCGAUCAAGAUCAUGUUCGAUGCAUGGAAGAAGAACGCUGAGACUGGCGUCCUACUGUUGAUUGACCUGACCCUCUCGACUGGCUUUGGCGACUACUACGAGUAUCCUCAGAUGAGGAUUAGAAGGAAAAUCAGCAAGUCUCCGCCUCACCGCAGGUCUGUUCAGGGCCAUAUUGCACUGGCCAUCGGACUGUCGGCAUCGUGA